UCGAAAUAACGAGUGUUUACUGACCCAAGAGGCCUAAUGUCAUAUUAAGUGAUAGGCAGCGUCGUAUAAAAUUACCAAUCUCGUGAACAUAACCAGCCGGAAUUACAAACCAAUUUGAACUUUACAUACAACUUUCACUUUUGUCAGCAUGGCUAAUUCUGCAAUAACACCACACAGUCCUACUCCAGAAGACUUCGACUUGACAGCCGUUCUAAAGUCUGGCGUGCCAGGCGGUUUUUGGCCGUCAGAAGUUGUCGUGCUUGCUGUAGCGAGAGGAAGAGACGGAAAAAUCCUUUCACGAAAGGUUUACAGGAGCGGAUCGACCCACGCGUUCAAGCAGUCGAUUGUGGAACUUGAAGAACACCCGUUCACGGGCUUCCUACACGAUCUACAGCUUCUUAGCAAUUUUUCGCCGUGCGGAGAGUGCUCGGAGAAGAUCUGCGGCUGGCUCGCGCAAAACGAUAGUGUUAGUGUGUCGAUUCGCUUCGCCCAUCUGCACAAUAUUCACGUCCGCGUGCAGAAAGUCGCGGAGGAUAACGCCAUUGGUUUGAGAAAGUUGGUGGAGAAAGGCGUUCAACUGAAGGCUCUGUCAGAUUAUGACUGGCUGCAGCUAUUGAUGAUCGACCGAGGUUUCGCAGCCAAAGAUGACUGGAUAGCGAAAAGAAAACAAGUUGACGAGAAAAAUCAAAAGGAUUUGGAGGAAAUUCUUCAGUCGACAAGUCUGGGCGAGACUUUGAAGAAAAUGCGACUUUACUGAAUAACAAUUUCAAGGUCAUUUUUGUUUCUUUACAAAAUAAAGCCAUUUUUAUUGGGGAGAAAUAAUGUUUAAGGUAACCGAAUUUGUGAGAAAUUGAUCGUUACAAUUCGAAAUUUUUAUCAGUUGAUUUAUAACGCAAAUGACCUCAGAGGACCUUGCAUAUCUUUCUAGGAGUAUUUUUUUCAGACAGCAGUUGAUAAGUAAAUUAGGGGUGAAUGGUGUAGCUUGGCAACGCGAUAUUAAAUUUCCCACAAGCUAAACGGCUCAUCUCGAGUCAAUUAAGCUUUCUAGCAUUAGUUUUGUGGGUGACUAAUUCUUUAAAGUAUGCAAACAUUUCCUGACGAGUCCUACUUUUUGUAAAAAAUUGUCCUCUCUGACUAGUCAAAAGAAAGCUUUUGAAAAGAACUUUUACAUGGUAUUUUUCCCCUACGUUGUGAAAACAAAAUAGCGAUAAUAAAAAUUUCUCGAUCUCGAAGACACCAUGUGGCUUCGUAGCUCAGUUGUUAGUGGAGUUAGCUGAUAUCUGGAAAGCGCAGAAUUUAAGUAAAAAAUUUCCGUACUUCUCA